CUGUCCCCAGAGCCUAAUGUGUUUGUGAAGGCCCUACGAAAGCUUCCCACCCUCCAUGAUGAGCAGUAUGCCCUGCAGACCCGUAUGUACGACCACUACAGCACGAGUGGCCUACAGGAGAACACCCUGGUCCUGCCGUAAGUCACCCAUACACCCCACCUCUCCAGGGCUCCUCUGCAGCCUUCUAGCCCUAUUUCUGUUUAUUCUCUUUCUUUUUACUUUGCCUUUGCUGUUAUUAAUAUGUAGGCUGGAGUUAAAUGUUGGGAUGUUUUACUUUAUUGUACAAUCUUCGUACAGUGUAUAAUCAUUUAAACUGUGAAAAGCGUACUGUUUGACCUCCAUGUAACACCUCAUCACUGUAGAUUUAGACUAAUGUAGCCUUGUGCUAUUUGACUGAAAAACUUCAGAUAGCGAGCUUGGAGUUUAAAACAGGUAAUAAAAGACUAACAGACUAGGCUAAUAGUAGUUAUAUCUGGUCGUAUAGAAAUAUAUGAAAGGAACCUCUACCUACCGCUACUACCGAUACAUUCAUUUUCACGCCUUUACCAUUUCUUUACACAGGAGUCUAUGUGGUCGUUGUGGUCCUCUGUAGCUCAGCUGGUAGAGCACGGCGCUUGUAACGCCAGGGUAGUGGGUUCGAUCCCCGGGACCACCCAUACACAAAAAAAAUGUAUGCACGCAUGACUGUAAGUCGCUUUGGAUAAAAGCGUCUGCUAAAUGGCUUAUUAUUAUUGUACUAACUAGAUUAGAAUAGCUGCUUAAUUUGACUGUCACAUUCAAAGACAAGACAGAAGCUCUGCUUCCUGUUUUAUAACCAUUGCCAGAUUUUAUUUCAAGGCUUUUUCAAUCUACAAGGCAAACAAGGCUUUUUCAAAGGUUCCUUGAAAAAAGAAGUUGUAGUGCACACCGUAUCACGUCAGGAUAAAGGUUGAGAUCCUCCCCAAAAUCAGUUCAGUAUGACUCCUCCAUAGCAGUAGGCCUACGGCUGUAAACUUCUUAGCUGGGGAUAUCACACACAUUUCUAUUCCCUGCAUGACUGGGAACAUGUCACUCUCUGUAUUGUUUUGACAGGAUGCCGACACACCACGCUGAUGAACUAUAAAAGGCUCCUGUAGUACUGGUAGCAUACUGUAUGCCUGCGCUACACUAUGCUGUGUGUCUGAGAGUGGUUUGAUUCCUCUGUAUCCGUCCCACCUGGUGUCAAAACGUGCCUGGCAGGAACAGUUUGCUGCUCAGUCGUGUCUGUGUUUGAAUCUAUCAGGGAGUGAUCCUAGGAGCACACACCUGCAGGGAGUUGUGCAGCAGCAUAUCUGUAGUGGUUUUCACGGGUGCCUGACCGUAUGCCCUUGUUCCAUCUCUUCAGAAACUUCGCUUGGCUCCCGCUGGAGAGAGAGGUAAUCUCAUUGGUGCAUGUCUAGCUAAAAACAGUGCAGCACAGUCGAGUUCUCACAAUUUCUGUAAUACUCUAAGCAUCCCCAGGAGCUUUUCUGCUGUCAGGGAGUGAAUAGGCCUGUGAGGGGUUGCUGGUGUCACGCUGGCAGGGAGCGAGGCUAAUCUGUGUUAAGCGUGUUUCAUCCUUGUAGUCUGGGUCUGUGUGUUCAGGAGCAGCGAGAGGGCCCUCUGCUGAAUGGGGUCCUGGCAGGUCGGGUCCAAGGGCUACCUGCUAUCGCCCCUCCAGAUGGAGGCUGAGCCCAGACCAAGGAACCUUGGGUCAAAUCCCUCCCAGCAGCGGUGUCGGGGGCAUUGGGGCGCCCCUGCCUGCCUGCAUGCUAAUCCAUACAGACACACAGGCAGGGCUCAGCCCCUCAACCUCAAACCCACUCAGAGCAGCACUGGACCACAGAUAAAGGCUGGCGGGGGCAGGGUGGGGCUGGGUUAUAGGGGACUAUACUAGGACUACACAAGCACAGUAUUUUUCAAACUAGUAUGAGCGAGACUGUUUGUGUGUGCUUGCGUGUGCAUAUGUGUGGAGGGGGGCUGCUGGCACUGUGCUUGCUUGGAUCAUGAUAGUGUUUGUUUGGAGAACGUAUGUCACCUCCCUAGCCCUCCAUUCCUCACCCCCUCACAGGGGAUUCAUAGGACAUCACCUUCCGUCCCCCGAACUAAUUCUAUCAGUCUCAUUAAGUUCAGCAGUUUAUUCAAACAUCCUCUUUCCUCCUUGCUUCUGUAAGGUUCAUUUUCAUUAUUACCAUCAUUAUAUUCCUUUGUGUGGCGGCAAGUUAAUGUUGAUUAACACAAACUAACUGUCACUAAACAUUGCUAAUAAAUGUCCCUAAUGCCUGAAUUAUUUUGUUUGCACUUUGCAGUGAGCGUGUGCAGUGGACUUGAAAUAACAUUGGCAAAGCUGAUAUCAUUAUAUCCUAACAUUGCUUGAAUUUUGAAGUCUGUGCAGUAGGAAAUUGGUUUAUUGAUUUAUUGAAAAGCUGUGAGUGAAAAGCAGUAGUGAAAUUCUCUGUGGGAAGCCUUUACCCCAACCUCCCGUUUGCCCCUAACCCCUCCCACCACUCUGCUCCUCAUCAGCAGGCUAGGCCAGGGGGCAGCAUCCUAUCCUCGGUAUGCUAAUACCUGUUUCCCUGCCACACCGUCGGCUACACCAGGAGAUAAAUGAAUAAUUUGUGAUUUUAAUAUUGUUUCCAACGGCACUAUCGCUUUAAGAUUAUCAACAACAUAUGUUUGAGGAUUGUGUGUGGAGCCAGGGCUAAUUAGGGUGGUGUCUUUAGGCCUCUGGUUAGGUGCUGAGGGGUGAGCUUGCUAUUCCCCCUGCUGUUCUAUUGAACCCCCAACAAGGGGAUGAUAUGCACCCCCAUCCGUGUUUCUAGUUGUCCUAUGGUAAUGUGGGGGGUAGCCGUGUCCCAUCCCAUGUCUUAAAAAGGGAGAUUAAGAGGAACAUCUUUUCACAGCUGCUUAGCAGGGGCACACUCUUAUUAGGGUGCUAGGUCAUUAAUAUGUAUAGCAGGCCAGGAGCAACUGACCCUGUAAUUAGAACAUGGGGUCUCGCUAAGACAUGAACCCACCCCUUUUUUAUAGCGACGCAGAGAUCUAACUAGUCACCCCCCUUCCACACCUCUAACAACCACCCCUCAGAACAUCCUCAAAUGAGUAACUCCCCAUACAGUGUCAUACUGAGCAGAAGAAACGGCAAAAAUUCCCAGGGCGUCUCCCCCUUCCCCUCUAAAAUGAGCUAAUCCAUGCCCCCUCCAUCACACGUCCAUAAUUCACACCUCGCGCUUUGGAACUGGUUUGGGCACCCUGCUGCUGAAAUAGAAGGCCUGACCAAAUAGACUUUGUCUGGCUUCAUAAUGUAGGCUUGUCUCACUCUUUUCCUUUCUUUAUCUUCAGCCUUUUUCCUCUCUCAGGUAAACAGAACCAAGUCUCACUGCGUUUGUAGAGUAAACAAAACAUCCAAGACAAAGACCCCCUAAAGUGAUUUCCUUUUUUUUAAAAAUGUGAUCGCCUCAUUUGUUAACAUUUAUUGUUUAUGUGUCUCUGUGUAAACUUUCUGCUCUGUUUUAGAUACACUGCGUUUCUUUGGGUGUUUUUUCUGUGAUUUGUUUAUUAUUGGAUGAUUGUGACUCAUAGUAAACAUGUGUCUUUUCCCAGGCUGUCAAAACUGAAUAAGAGGAUAGUGUACACUGUUUUAGAGUACAGCCCUUUGCUGGACUCUUGCAAUAUAACCGCAGAUGACUGGGGUACAAUUGGGAAGGACAUUGAGGUACUUGGUGUUGUCAUUUUCUAUCUCUCACUAACCAUAACCCUGACUUUAUGAUAAAACAUAAUGUAUUACAAUAACACAACAGCCUCAAAUAAUUCACUGAAGUAAAAAUCAGUUAUCACUUUCUUUUUUAUGUAACCAUACUGUUUGUGGUACUGUACUGGUGCUUUUGUAAUAAAUACAGUAGUAAUUUCAAAAAGCCUGUGGCAAGAUGUAGGCUACACAUUUUGACCUUGGAACUUUGAUUAAAGUCUGAUCCUGUUCUCUUUAUUGUCUCUUGGUUCCAGAAACACUAUGAGAAUUAUGCCGGUUUUGUCAUCCUCCAUGGCACUGACACCAUGGCCUACACUGCAUCUGCUCUGUCCUUCAUGUGUGAGCACCUGGGGAAGCCUGUCAUCCUCACAGGCUCACAGGUACACCUGCCAUCCUUAUGGUUGAACUGCUUCAUAAAGAUAAGAUAACAGAAGGGUGAUAUGUUGUUUAUACAGUGAGGGGAAAAAAGUAUUUGAUCCCCUACUGAUUUUGUAAGUUUGCCCACUGACAAAGACAUGAUCAGUCUAUAAUUUUAAUGGUAGGUUUAUUUGAACAGUGAGAGACAGAAUAACAAAAAAAUAAUCAAGAAAAACACAUGUCAAAAAUGUUAUAAAUUGAUUUGCAUUUUAAUGAGGGGAAUAAGUAUUUGACCCCUCUGCAAAACAUGACUUAGUACUUGGUGGCAAAACCCUUGUUGGCAAUCACAGAGGUCAGACGUUUCUUGUAGUUGGCCACCAGGUUUGCACACAUCUCAGGAGGGAUUUUGUCCCACUCCUCUUUGCAGAUCUUCUCCAAGUCAUUAAGGUUUCGAGGCUGACAUUUGGCAACUCGAACCUUCAGCUCCCUCCACAGAUUUUCUAUGGGAUUAAGGUCUGGAGACUGGCUAGGCCACUCAAGGACCUUAAUGUGCUUCUUCUUGAGCCACUCCUUUGUUGCCUUGGCCGUGUGUUUUGGAUCAUUGUCAUGCUGGAAUACCUAUCCAUGACCCAUUUUCAAUGCCCUGGCUGAGGGAUGGAGGUUCUCAUCCAAGAUUUGAUGGUACAUGGCCCCGUCCAUCGUCCCUUUGAUGCGGUGAAGUUGUCCUGUCCCCAUAGUAGAAAAACACCCCCAAAGCAUAAUGUUUCCACCUCCAUGUUUGAUGGUGGGGAUGGUGUUUUUGGGGUCAUAGGCAGCAUUCCUCGUCCUCCAAACACGGCGAGUUGAGUUGAUGCCAAAGAGCUCGAUUUUAGGUCUCAUCUGACCACAACACUUUCACCCAGUUCUCCUCUGAAUCAUUCAGAUGUUCAUUGGCAAACUUCAGCCGGGCCUGUAUAUGUGCUUUCUUGAGCAGGGGGACCUUGCGGGCGCUGCAGGAUUUCAGUCCUUCACGGCGUAGUGUGUUACCAAUUGUUUUCUUGGUGACUAUGGUCCCAGCUGCCUUGAGAUCAUUGACAAGAUCCUCCCGUGUAGUUCUGGGCUGAUUCCACACCGUUCUCAUGAUCAUUGCAACUCCACAAGGUGAGAUCUUGCAUGGAGCCCCAGGCCGAGGGAGAUUGACAGUUCUUUUGUGUUUCUUCCAUUUGCGAAUAAUCGCACCAACUGUUGUCACCUUCUCACCAAGCUGCUUGGCGAUGGUCUUGUAGCCCAUUCCAGCCUUGUGUAGGUCUACAAUCUUGUCUCUGACAUCCUUGGAGAGCUCUAUGGUCUUGGCCAUGGUGGAGAGUUUGGAAUCUGAUUGAUUGAUUGUUUCUGUGGACAGGUGUCUUUUAUAUAGGUAACAAACUGAGAUUAGGAGCACUCCCUUUAAGAGUGUGCUCCUAAUCUCAGCUCGUUACCUGUAUAAAUGACACCUGGGAGCCAGAAAUCUUUCUGAUUGAGAGGGGGUAAAAUACUUAUUUACCUCAUUAAAAUGCAAAUAAAUGUAUAACAUUUGUGACAUGCGUUUUUCUGGAUUUUGUUGUUGUUAUUCUGUCUCUCACUGUUCAAAUAAACCUACCAUUAAAAUUAUAGACUGAUAAUUUCUUUGUCAGUGGGCAAACGUACAAAAUCAGCAGGGGAUCAAAUUAUUUUUUCCCUCACUGUAUGACCUCUUGCAGGUGCCGAUCUAUGAGAUGAGGAACGAUGGAAUAGACAACCUCUUGGGGGCGCUGCUGAUCGCCGGUCAGUUUGUGAUUCCUGAGGUGAGUAGUGCAGGGAGGCUUCUUGGUAGCUCAGUUGCCUGCAAGUCACCUGUACUUGUUUUUGAAUGUGAAUUUAUGUUGAAUCAUCAAGUGUUGAUGAAGAAAAUCCUUAAUUCCCAGUUGCUAUUAUUUAUAUCAGACCAAUUCCCCAUUGCAUGUCUUUCAUAUUUAAAUUAUUUUUCAUCUUGAAGAGUGUCUGUCUAGCUUUUUAGGCUGUUGUGGAUAAGAGCUUUUGUGAUAUAACUUCAUGUGAAUUUCAACAUAAAUCAAAUCCACUGAGAUAGUAGAGGCUAUGUCAUACCUGAUUGAUAAAGGUGUGAGGAUGAACUAUGUUGUCAGACAAUAGGCACCAAAAGCCUUAAACCUCUUGUCUAACAAGACUGUUCAGUAAAGCAUGAGAAUGUGUGAGUGUCGCAAUACAGGACCUGACCUGAAACUGCCAGAUGAUACUUCAGAGUUGUGUCAAAGGGCGUUUGUCUUUAAGAGUCACAGAAUAACUCACGUACACACUCUCUGAGGCCUUUAUCUAAUGCUGUAUCUAGAGAAUGUGCUGCUAUCAAUAAAUAUGGAAUUAUACAUUUUAAAUGAAGAUAUGAGGAAAUGUAGUUGUAAUUGCGUUUUAUCAAAGGCUCUGUCAUAUGCUCUGUUAAAUCAAUAGCACAAAAUAGCCAAGCGCUAAUUUACCUUAGCAUUGUGGCUGUUGAAGGGAAUAUAUAUAUAUAUAUAUAUAUAUAUAUAUAUAUAUAUAUAUAUAUAUAUAUAUAUAUAUAUAUAUAUAUAUAUAUACUACACCCAUAGUAUAGAUGAUCUAUUAUGAGGUUUCAUUCAUUCCCCAUCUGAUUCUCUGUAGGUGUGUCUGUAUUUCCAUCACAAGCUGUACCGAGGGAACCGUGUGACCAAGGUGGACGCUGGGAGUUUCUAUGCCUUCAACUCUCCUAACCUUUCUCCUCUGGCCACCGCUGAAGUAGAUAUUAAAAGUAAUCAUACUGGCUCUGUCCUGUUAUGUACUCAUAUCUAUAUCAAGUCAAAUCUUUGAUGUGGCCGAUAGAUGGAUGUUUUCACUGAACUCUCUCCCUCUCCCCCGCAGUUAACUGGGACACGGUGAGGAGGGCGAACACGACCACACAGUUCAGAGUGAGCACUCCGAUGAACCGUAACGUGGGUCUGCUGCGGCUCUUCCCAGGCAUCACUACAGUGACUGUAAGAGGCUUCCCAGGGUGGGGAUGGGGUGGAGGUGAGGAGGGGUGGAUAGUGGCUCUGCCCUGUUCCUGUUGCCCAUUUAACCACAUCAUUAAACCACAACUGUCUUCCUACUUCAGUAAUACUGAAAGUAAAAUAUACUGAACAAAAAUAUAUAUGCAACAAUUUAAACGAUUUUACUGAGUUACAGUUCAUAUAAGGAAAUCAGUCAAUUGAAAUAAAUAAAUUAGGCCCUAAUAUAUGGAUUUCACAUGUCUGGGCAGGGGCGCAGCCAGACCCAGACAAUCAGAAUUAGUUUUUCACCACAAGAGGGUUUUAUUUCAGACAGAAAUACUCCUCAGUUUCAUCAGCUGUCCGGGUGGCUGGUCUCAGACGAUCCCGCAGGUGAAGAAGCCGAAUGUGGAGGUCCUGGGCUGGCAUGGUUACAUGUGGUCUGUGGUUGUGAGGCCGGUUGGACAUACUGCCAAAUUCGCUAAAACAACGUUGGAGGUGGCUUAUGGUAGAGAAAUGAACAUUAAAUUGUCUGGCAACAGCUCUGGUAGACAUUCCUGCAGUCAGCAUGCCAAUCUUUUUCAGCAGGCCUUUUAUUGUCCCCAGCACAAGGUGCACCUGUGUAAUGAUCAUGCUGUUUAAUCAGCUUCUUGAUAUGCCACACCUGUCAGGUGGAUGGAUUAUCUUAGCAAAGGAGAAAUGCUCACUAACAGGGAUGUAAACAAACAUUUGAGAGAAAUAAGCUUUUUGUGCAUAUGGAAAAUGUCUGGGAUCUUUUAUUUCAGCUCAUGAAACAUGGGACCAACACUUUACAUGUUGCGUUUAUAUUUCUGUUCAGUAUAGUAAUAUCCUGUUGUAGAAAGAGUAAAUCAGGACAUCCCCAUUUGGAGCCAUCUUCAUCUAAAACUCUUCAUCUCUGUUGUGGUGAAUCCUCUCAUGAAGGCCAUACUGUGUUUUCUCACAAGCCAGCAUCAUGUGGGCGUUCCAAGUGGUCUGCAUACAGCCAGGAUCUGCUCUGGGGUUGCCAGCAGCACUUAGCCAAGUGAAAAAUUAGACAGGGUUAUGGGGCAUGUCCAAUUACCCACCAACAUUUAAACACUUAGAUACACCUCCAUAUCUACAGACUGAGGGGAGUAUGGCUUUACUGUCUCAAUCUGGUCCCUCUGCCGAUGCUGGCCAUGUUGCUUUUUUAUCCGUUUUUAUCACUUGAUUCUUUUUUGAUUAUGCACCAAGCUCUCCUCUGCCUUCCACUGUCUCUGCCAUCAUGGGGGUUAUUUAGGAAUCUGUGUUGCACACAUUCUUGGCUAGCUAGAGGCUUGAUCCGAAAUCCAAUGGAAGAUAUGGGGCCAUGCCCAGCUCUUUUUCUUCUUUUUUUUUUUUUUUUGGGGGGGGGGGAUAGAUCAGCUUAAUAUUGCAGAUAGAUUGUAACUUCCAUCAAUGUAAUUAUCUGCAUCACUUCCAAUCCCCCAUGUUUAUAUAUAUAUAUAUACACACACAUACAUACAUAUAUAUACAGUGGGGAGAACAAGUAUUUGAUACACUGCCGAUUUUGCAGGUUUUCCUACUUACAAAGCAUGUAGAGGUCUGUAAUUAUUAUCAUAGGUACACUUCAACUGUGAGAGACAGAAUCUAAAACAAAAAUCCAGAAAAUCACAUUGUAUGAUUUUUAAGUAAUUAAUUUGCAUUUUAUUGCAUGACAUACAGUGGGGAGAACAAGUAUUUGAUACACUGCCGAUUUUGCAGGUUUUCCUACUUACAAAGCAUGUAGAGGUCUGUAAUUUUUAUCAUAGGUACACAUCAACUGUGAGAGACGGAAUCGAAAACACAAAUCCUGAAAAUCACAUUGUAUGAUUUUUAAGUAAUUAAUUUGCAUUUUAUUGCAUGACAUAAGUAUUUGAUCACCUACCAACCAGUAAGAUUUCCGGCUCUCACAGACCUGUUAGUUUUUCUUUAAGAAGCCCUCCUGUUCUUCACUCAUUACCUGUAUUAACUGGACCUGUUUGAACGCGUUACCUGUAUAAAAGACACCUGUCCACACACUCAAUCAAACAGACUCCAACCUCUCCACAAUGGCCAAGACCAGAGAGCUGUGUAAGGACAUCAGGGAUAAAAUUGUAGACCUCCACAAGGCUGGAAUGGGCUACAGGACAAUAGGCAAGCAGCUUGGUGGGAAGGCAACAACUGUUGGCGCAAUAUUUGUUGCAUUAUUUGUUCUGUCGUUUCCGUUUAAUCUGAGGAUUAAAUUGAAAUUGCAACUAACUUUCUAUGGCUUGUUUUAGAAAUAGUGAUAUCUGGGAGAUGAUUUCCCUUUCAAAUAACUGAAAGUGAGUGUUUGUAAUCUGAAUAAAGGGAAAAAGGCCAUUCUUGAACAUUGGGUGAGACAAUCUUACUAGUUUGCUAGAGAACCAGUUCGGAUUUAAGUAUAAUUUUUGUAUGACUGAAGCUUUUAGUGAUAGGUCUAAUGCUUUAAUAUUUAAUAAUUUCUGUCCUCCGAAUUCAUAUUCAUUAUAUAAAUAGGCCCGUUUAAUUUUGUCUGGCUUGCCGUUCCAAAUAAAAUUGAAUAUUUUUUUCUCAUAUAAUUAAAAAACUGUUCGCUAGGUGUAGGCAAGACCAUAAGCAAAUAGGUAAACUGGGAUAAUACUAAAGAGUUAAUCAGGGGGAUUUUUCCACAAAUUGACAGGCACCCACCUUUCCAUGGUAGCAAGAUCUUAUCUAUUUUUGCUAACUUUCUAUUAUAAUUUAUUGAAGUGAGAUCAUUUAUUUCCUUUGGGAUAUGCAUUCCGAGUAUAUCCACAUCACCAUCAGACCAUUUUAUUGGUAAACUACAUGGCAAUGUAACAAUUUUAUUUUGAAUUGAUCCAAUACGUAAUAUAGUACAUUUGUCAUAAUUUGGUUGUAAUCCAGAGAGGUUAGAUGUAUCUAGAUCCUCUAUGAGGCUGUGGAGUGAUUCUAGUUGUGGAUUUAAAAGAAAACAUGAUCAUCAGCGUACAAUGAUACCUUUGCGUACAAUGACACCUUUGUUUUUAAGCCCUGGAUUUCUAAUCCCCUGAUAUUAUUGUUGGAUCUGAUUUUAAUAGCUAACAUCUCGAUGGCCACAAUAAAUAGAAAUGCCGAUAGUGGACAAUCUUGUUUCACUCCUGUUGACAGUUUAACACAUUCUGAGAAAUAGCCAUUAUUUACUAUUUUACACCUAGGGUUACUAUACAUGAUUUUGACCCGUUUUAUAAGAGAUUCACCAAAAUUGAAAUGCUCCAGGCAUUUAUAUAUAAACCCCAGUCGUACUUUAUCAAAUGCCUUUUCGAAGUCUGCUAUAAAUAGCAGGGCUGGUUUAUCAUAUUUUCCAUAAUGUUCUAUUGUUUCCAAUACUUGCCUUAUAUUAUCUCCAAUGUAUCUUCCAUGUAAAAAACCUGUCUGAUUAGAAUGAAUAAUAUCCAACAAUAACUUUUUAAUUCUAUGCGCUAUACAUUUUGCUAGAAUUUUUGCAUCACAACACCUACAAUCACAACACCUACAAUUUUUUUAAUGGACUGGAUCUUUAUAUUUUCCACUUGUAUCCUGUUUCAGUAAUAAUGAGAUCUUCUUCUUGAGUGUCAGAUAAUCUAUCAUUUACAUAGGAGUGGUUAAAACAUUCUAAUAAUGGUCCUCUUAGUAUAUCAAAAAAGGUUUGGUAUACUUCGACUGGUAUGCCAUCCAACCCUGGGGUUUUCCCGGACUUAAAGUCUUUAAUUGCAUUCAGAAGUUCCUCCUCUGUAAUUUCACCUUCACAUGAGUCUUUCUGUUUCUGUUAAUUUUACAUUAUCAAUAGAAAAAACAUCUCUACAAUUAGCUUCAGUUAGAGGAGAUGGAGGUGACUGAAACGAAAACAUAUGCUUAAAGUACCUUGUUUCCUCCUUCAAGAUAUAAUUUGGUGAAUCAUGGGUUAAUUGUAACCAGUUUCAUUAAAUUAUUUUUGGUAGCAUUCCUAUGUUGAAGAUAAAAAAAUAAUUUGGUGCAUUUUUCCCCAUAUUCCAUCCAGUUUGCUUUAUUUUUAUAAUAUAUUACACUUUCUUGAAUAAGUUUCUCCAUUUCUUUUUGUUUUUCUUCUAAUUUAUUCUGAGCCUCUAUGUUACUGUUUUUAUUGCCAUCUAUCUGUUCUGUUAGACUUUCUAAUUCCUUUGUUAGUAUAAACUUAUAAAUAACUUAUUAUAUUAUAUUAUUAUUAUUAUAUUAUAUAUUAUAACUCUUUUGACCUAAAUUGCUUUUGUUUUCGAGAUGAGUACUGAAUUGCAUGGCCUCUAAAGGCACAUUUAAAGGUGUCCCAUACAAUAAGGGGAUUUGCUGUACCUAUGUUAUGUCGGAAAAAGUCAGUUAUAAAUUCCUUUGUCCUAGUUAAAAAUUAAUUAUCAUCCAAUAGGCUUUGAUUAAAUGUCCAAUAUCCUCGCCCAUGUGGAAAUUCAGUAAGAGUAAUGUAUAUGCCAAUUAUAUGAUGGUCCGGCCGCAUUCUGUCCCCUAUCAACACUUUUAAAACUUUUGGUGCCAAUGAGAAUGAGAUAAGAAAGAAGUCAAGACGACUAGCUUGAUUGAGUCUCCGCCAUGUAUAUCUCACUAGAUCAGGAUAUUUAAACCUCCAUAUAUCUACUAGUUCUAAUGUAUCCAUGACAUUCACAAUUUCCUUAAGAGCAUGAGGGGGAUUGUUUGUAGUGUGAUUUCCUUUAUGGUCCAUUGAGCUAUUUAAAACAGUAUUAUAAUCCCCCACCAUAAUAAUAUUGUCUUGAAUUGCUUGCAGGGUUGAUAAUUAAUUAUAUAUAUUGUCAAAGAAGUGUGGAUCAUCAUUAUUUGGUCCGUAAAUGUUAAUGAGCCAUAUCUGUUUAUUGUCCAAUAACAUAUUUAAAAUAAUCCAUCUACCUUGCAUUUCUAUUUGGACAAUUUGCACAUUCGAAUCGAAAUUACUAUUAAUUAAUAUCAUCACCCCUUUUGAAUUUCUUUGCCCAUGGGAGAAGUAUAUUUCGUCCCCCCCCCCCCCCCCCCCCCCCACAACAGACGCCGGACAAACACACACGCACAUACUCACAUACCCCAACACACUCAACCCCCCUCCUCCACAAUCCACCAUAAAAUCAGAUACUCAACGGUUGUUAUAUCCCAGAGCCCAACUCAAGAAAGGACCUGAUUUACGAGUGCACAUACAGGUACAGUUGAUUGAGAAAGCAUGCAACAUUGAGCAGAAAUUGACAACAAUGUGAGAUUUGAUUAAUCUACUUAAUCUAUGUCAAGUCCUAGGUGAUGGAGAUCAGAUCCACCCUCUUCACCUGAGACACAAACACUCUGGUGCCCCGUUGUAACAAUUUUUCCCAAGCAUCUCCGUGCAGUCAGACCUUUGAUUAUUUUGUGCCACCUGGGCCACAAUGAUAAACCCCCUCUCUGAUUGUCCGAGUGUGACCCCCUCCCCAUGGGUUACUGCAGCCAGUGUUGCCAGCACUGCCACUACCUGGGUGGGGGUACCCCACCGGAAUCCCCACCGGCUAGGUAAAAGGUUGUCAAGGUUCUCAUUAGCAGCUUUGAGAAUGUCCUUGUAUAUAAUGCUCUACCAUCAGGGGGCUCUGGCUUUGUAGGACCAACCCUGCCAGGCAGGCUCAGAAUCUUGAGGGGGCGGUGCUGCUCAAGUAGGUCUCUGACCGCAUUUAUUUCUCUGUUUAGGCUGCAUACUCACAGCAGGUCCAUAAAAUAGAUGGGAACUUCUCUUUGGUGUAUGGGUCACUCAGGUGGGUGUCCAGGAUAUAGGGUUGGGGAUCUUUACAUCAUGAUAGGACAAUAAAAAAUUAGAUUAAAUGUAUACUAUAUUUAAAAAUGUAUAUCCCUCAUCUACAUGCCCAGCUCUUGCUAUAAUUCCCUACCUCCUCAAGUUAGGUCUAAGGUCCAAGCGUUGCCAGGUGAAAUGACGCUGUCUCUAAACACCUUGAAUAUAAUGGUUCCCCCUGCCUGGCCAUUGAGCCAUCUCCUCUCCAGAUGCCAGGGCUGGUGUGGUAAAGAGCUUUCCUAGAGCCAGUGAAUCACCCUGAGACUGAGAGACAGCCCGGGUGGCAUGGGCACCAGAUGGGCUGGGGGGGCUGGUGAGGUCUGGGCCUGUUGUUAAACCCUAUCCUAGCUCUGUACACUUCUCUCCCUAUCUUUUCCCACCAGACAGGCUAAAAUGGCCUCUCAUCUCGCUCUCUCUUUCUCUACAGGUGAAGUCCUUCCUGCAGGUGCCCAUGGAGGGCAUCGUCCUGGAGACGUACGGUAGUGGUAACGCCCCUGACAACCGUGCUGACCUGCUGGAGGAGUUCCGGAAUGCCACAGAGAGGGGCGUGAUCAUGGUCAACUGCACCCAGUGUCUGAGGGGUUCUGUCACCACAUUAUAUGCCACCGGAAAGGUAGACCAGAAGACCAUGUAUGUUUAGUGGGAGAGUAGGAUGAAGAUGGAUGUGUGUUCUUAACGUUUCUUCCUGGUUCCCUCAGGCCCUGAGUGACGCAGGGCUGGUGGCAGGCAGUGACAUGACUCCUGAGGCUGCCCUGUGCAAGCUGUCCUACGUGCUGGCCAAGGAGCUCAGCAUAGAGGACAAGAGGAAGGUAGGAUUCACAGUCUAAACGCACAGUCCUUCAAUCACUACACAAUGUUUGCCCCUUGUAGAGAGAAUUCUGAAGCCCAACCCUAGUGACAUCUCCGUGAGUCCUAUGUAUGAAACAAAUUAGAAUGUAAACAGAGGUAGAAAUCAGAGAUGAUUCACAUGGAGAUAAAAGGAUCAUAGAAGUGACAAGCUGAUGACAUCUUUGAUCAUGCCUGACUGUGUCUGUGUUGCCCUGACUGUGUCUGUGUUGUGCUGUCUGUGUUUCCCUGACUGUGUCUGUGUUGUGCUGUCUGUGUUACCCUGACUGUGUCUGUGUUGUGCUGUCUGUGUUGCCCUGACUGUGUCUGUGUUGUGCUCUCUGUGUGUUACGUGUCCAGAUGCUGAGUCAGAACAUGCGGGGGGAGAUGAUCGCUGAUCUGCACGGGGCCAAGCUCACUCUGAGCAACAGUCACUUCAUUCAGGUCAUCGCCAAUUCCCUGAACAUCAGUUGUAAGGAGGUGAGGCCACCUCACUGCCGGCCACAUCACACAUACACACACACUGUCAUCACCACUGAGACUGCAGGGUUACUUUCCACCUAACAGGUUUUUAUCAGGCUCUGGCUUAUCUGAGAGAACAGAGCUCCCAUUGAAGUACAAAAAACUACUUUCUCAAGUCGUUUUAAUGCCCAGCGCUAGGGGAAGAAUGUCAUAAGCCAUCAUCUGAAAUUGUCUCGCCACUCGUCUAAAGUAGAUUUUUUUGAAUGUGUUGAAUCCAACUUUAUAGUGUAUUUUUUACGUCACUCAUAACACAUUACAUAAAACAUUCCUUUACUGAUUGUCAGCCUUUGUGUUGUCAUGAUGUUUCUCUACUGAUGUUUCCAGGAGCUAGAAGCCAUAAGGGAUGCCCUUAACCCCAGCUUAGCUUGUGCUGCUUCUAAGAUUGGAGACGUGGAGGCCUUAGAUGCCAUAAAGUUGAUGGUGAGGAACAGUUAUUUAAAUACAACCUGUUACAAUGUCUGUUAGUAAAAAUAAUCACUGCAACAACCUCAUAUUUUAUAAGGGGGAGGUGGGGAGUAGAAAACGCAUGUUCUAACAACAUGUUUACUGUCAGUAGGACAGAGUUCAGUCCAUAUGUUGUUAGUGUUCUAAGACACGCAUGUUCCCAGACUGAUAAUACAGACUUUGCACUGUCAAAUGUGUGUGAUUGUAUUACUCCCUUAGUCCCACGGUACAUCUGGUUGAACCGGCCAGUGCAGUGCGUACCAAAGAUUCCUGCUGAGUUUCAUGAGAUAGCCGACUGGAGUCUCAGUAGUCAUACUGUGUUAGAUGCAAAGAUAGAUUUUGAUUUGGUCUCCUUUGCAGUGAACUUUUGACAUGAGGAUGAUUGCCUAGUGUUUCCAGUCAAUUUCAUUUUAAAUAACCUACUUAUUUGUUCUUUUGGAGCUUAUUUUAUAGGGGGUAUAUUUCAGUAUGAAUAGAGGAAUGGGUUGGCUACUCUUUUAAAAAGAAAUUAUCUAUCAAUUCAAGAUGAAACUGUCCGUGUCCGAAAUCUGUCUUCCCUACUACUUACUAAAUCGACAUGCUGUGUACUAAUCGUACUACAUACUAUUUAGCAGUACUGUUUAGUGAAAACGAAUGCAGUAAGCAACAAAUAUCAACACGCUAGGCUCAUCCAUACUUAGAAUACGUCAUCUAAUGCGCAAUUACAUUGAUUCCCGCCAUACGUUCCUUUUGGAACAGCGCAUCCACUUAUAUGAUUACCAGCUGCUUGCUGUCAAACACACGUGGGUCUGGAAAGACGAUUGUCUUCCUAAAUAGUGUGCAGCGAAUUCUACUAGACGAAAAGCCAAAAUGAGUAUGACAUGGCAUUUAAGCAUACUACAUUGUGAAAUGUCACAUACUAUCAAACUUUCUAUUUUUGCAUACCAAAAAAGGCCUACUAUUUAGAACACAAGUACGGGUAUUCAGACACGGCCACUGUCACCGUUCAGAAAGGUAUGCACCAGGUAAAUGUGUAGCACAACAUUCACUACAUGGGUUUGAUACCUCAAUGCACUGUUUUAUAAUACACAGUGAUACCAUGGCAACGUAACCUACAGUAUGUAAUGUGUUUCUUGUCAUCAGGGCAGUAACCUGAGUCUGGGGGACUAUGAUGGACGCACCCCUCUGCACAUCGCUGCCUGUGAGGGCCACCUCAAAGUGGUGCAGUAUCUACUGGGCCAGGGAGCCAGCGUCUAUGCCAGAGAUCGCUAUGGGGACACACCCCUGCACAACGCUGUACGCUUCAGGUAAGAUUGAGCUAACGUGGGUCAAGACAAGAGCUUUACAUUUUGGGGGGAAUGGAGUAUGAUAUGUCCUAACAGCUUUGCCUCUACAGUAGAUGUUCACCCAUCCCUUAUGAUUCAAGCCCCUAGUAGCCAAUUCUAAUGUGUGUGUGUGUGUGUGUGUGUGUGUGUGUGUGUGUGUGUGUGUGUGUGUGUGUGUGUGUGUGUGUGUGUGUGUGUGUGUGUGUUUGUGUGUGAGCAAGCAUUGAGAGAGGUGACUAUAAACCGUUGGAAGGGCAGGCAUAGGCAUGCCCAUGUUGUCUUGGUACUGAAGGGCAGAAUGGGAUGUUCAACCUGGCAGCAUAAUUAACCUCUGACACCUGCUUGCUUGGGGAAAUAGCCAUGUCCCAUUCUGGCUCUCUUACACUGUCAAAAUCUCUGUUUUGUUACAAGUGAUAAUGCAAUAUGUUCCAUUUUGUAAGAGUUACUUGAAAUAAAUAACCAUUUUAUUUCAGACAUGGAUUUCUUUUUUUUGUUUGUCUUUAUGUAAUUUCCUCCUAAGUUUAAACCACAUUUCAAAAGCCAACUAUUGUUCCUUCCCGAUGACCAUAUAAGGAUUGAAACGCAGUACAACGAAGGGUAGUGUCUUGAACCAGUCUUACCUGCCUGUCCUCAGUUUCAUGGAUAACAGAAACAGUACCUUGUCUCUAACAAAAGGACUGAAAUACAUUAGCCUAGGCUUGCCACUGUCUCUAUGGCCAAACCCUAUCUCAAAGUAGAGCUAAACGUGCAUGACCAACUCAUAACGUAGUGUCCAUUUAACCUCUUAAACAUUUGAUGGAUGUUCUAAGUUUAAAUUCUAUGAAAAUCAAGAUUCUGGACAUGAAGCUGUGCCUUUUGUCUCCACCAUUGUGUAGUGCAUCCUUGGAGCUGCUGAGACGUUCUGCUCAGGCUCCAUAUGUGGGUGGUUAACUGUGGGGGAACUUGUCCCUACUCGUUUAGCACCCAGUCACAGUGCCACAACUUGUCACUGUCAGCAGAGACUAUGAAAACUUGUUAGAAAUAUGACUAAUGCACAUUGCAGUCAUAAUAAAGCAUACCUAAUGGUUUCAGUUGAACUGAUCUCUGACUCGCACUGUGAGCUUGAUUUUGCUUUGCACGCGUCAUCUUUUCCUUGAUUGUAGUACACUGUAUAUAUCAUCUGUAUUCGAAAACUGUUUGUCAUAUCUCUAUGUCUGUCUGUCUGUCUCUCUGUCCAUUCAGACACAAAGAGGUGGUGAAGCUGCUGAGAAAGACAGGAGCCCAUUUCUCCAGGGAUGAGCUGAAUAAUGCAGGCUCAGAGCUGUGCAGGUGAGACACACACAGCACUUUCUCACACAUGCAUUGCCCAAAGACCCAUCCUACAUAGUUUGUGCAGGUACGACCAGUUGUCCCAGUUGUCUUACGUAAACACUUGAAAUGCUCCCUGACAGCAUAGCUUUGGACCUCUGCAGCAUCCAAACGUCACCAACACCACAGAACCAUGAACUGCUCUGUCUGGCUGGUAUCCUCACUUUUAGAAAAGGGAGCGGGAGAGAUUUUGUCUUUUACUAGAUGCAAGGCCUUUGUCUCUGGAAGCAAACAAGCAUACUCAUAGUCCUUUUCAUAAUCAAGGAGUGUGUUUAGUGUGAUUAUACAAUACAACUUGAUGUUAUUACUGUAGAUAUCUGGUUGUUUUACUCCCUUUAUCAUGAAACCACUUGAAUAAUUCCCUGGUGGUGUUUGAUGUGUUAAAGUCUGGCAUCCAGGGCUGACACAGAGGGCCUGGAAAUGUGGCACCUGGCCGGGGGAGAGCUGAACACACGAGGCUACAAUGGGCAGACGGCCAUGGAGGUGGUGAGUGUUUGGGACUGGGAGCCUCUCUCCUGCUUACAAACAUGAAUAGUAAAGGAUGAGUACGGUUAAGGUCCCACAUAAAAAACUACUACAGCUUACUAUAGAAUUUUGUAGUGUACUGUUGAAUACUAUACUACACACUGUAGUAUCCCUCGAUCAUGUGUAGUACUUACUAUAUAAUUUUUUAGUAUACUGUAGAAUACUAUAGUAAAUACUACUGUAUUAUCCACACAAAAAACACUGUAGUAAAUGCUACAGUAAUGUCCACAAAAACACUACUGCCCGCAAAAACACUACCGUUUUUAAACUAUAGCAAUACUACAGUAUUUAAUUUGCAUAUACCCUGCCCAUUCCCCUCCCCCAUAUCUCAAUUUGUGCCACCCAUAAGUGAGAAACCUACAAGUAUAGACCAUAUAUUCUGUUCCCUGCAAUUCACAUUUUAUUUGUCACAUGCGCUGAGUACAACUGGUGUAGACUUUACUUACGAGCCCUUCCCAAUGAUCCAGAGUAAACAAAUAAAAUCCUAACACAAGGAAUAAAAUGCACAAGAAUGAAGCUAUAUUUUUAUUUAUUUAUUUUAUUUAACCUUUAUUUAACUAAGCAAGUCAGUUAAGAACAAAUUCUUACUUACAAUGGCGGCCUACAUAUACAGGGAGUACCAGAUCAAUGCGUAGAGGUACGAGGUAUUUGAGGUAGGCAUGUACAUGAAGGCAAGGUAAAGUGACUAGGCGUCAGGAUAGAUAAUAAUAAGAGUAAAAUAAAGAACAGAGUACAUAGCCGGGGAAGUAAUUUGGGGGUGGGGGUGCUGCAAAUUAUUUAAUUAGAUUUUUUAAUUAGAUUUUUCAGGGGUGCUGCAGCACGCUCAGCACACCUAUUUCCUGCUAUAACAGAGUAGCAGCAGCAAAUGCGUGUAAAAGUGUGCGUGUGUAUGUAUGUGUGUUUGUGUUGUGUCGGUAUGUGUGUGGGAGUGUCAAUGUAGUGUGUGUGAGUGUGUGUGUAUAUUCAGUGGGGAAAAAAGUAUUUGAUCCCCUACUGAUUUUGUACAUUUGCCCACUGACAAAGACAUGAUUAGUCUAUAAUUUUAAUGGUAGGUUUAUUUGAACAGUGAGAGACAGAAUAACAACCAAAAAAUCCAGAAAAACGCAUGUCAAAAAUGUUAUAAAUUGUUUUGCAUUUUAAUGAGAGAAAUAAGUAUUUGACCCGUCUGCAAAACAUGACUUAGUACUUGGUGGCAAAACUCUUGUUGGCAAUCACAGAAGUCAGACGUUUCUUGUAGUUGGCCACCAGGUUUACUCAGGAGGGAUUUUGUCCCACUCCUCUUUGCAGAUCUUCUCCAAGUCAUUAAGGUUUCGAGGCUGACGUUUGGCAACUCGAACCUUCAGCUACCUCCACAGAUUUUCUAUGGGAUUAAGGUCUGGAGACUGGCUAGGCCACUGCAGGACCUUAAUGUGCUUCUUCUUGAGCCACUCCUUUGUUGCCUCGCCAAACACGGCAAGUUGAGUUGAUGCCAAAGAGCUCGAUUUUGGUCUCAUUUGACCACAACACUUUCACCCAGUUCUCCUCUGAAUCAUUCAGAUGUUCAUUGGCAAACCUCAGACGGACCUGUAUAUGUGCUUUCUUGAGCAGGGGGACCUGGCGGGCGCUGCAGGGUUUCAGUCCUUCAUGGCGUAGUGUGUUACCAAUUGUUUUCUUGGUGACUAUGGUCCCAGCUGCCUUGAGAUCAUUGACAAGAUCCUCCGUGUAGUUCUGGGCUGAUUCCUCACCGUUCUCAUGAUCAUUGCAACUCCACGAGGUGAGAUCUUGCAUGGAGCCCCAGGCCGAGGGAGAUUGACAGUUACAGUGGGGAAAAAAAGUAUUUAGUCAGCCACCAAUUGUGCAAGUUCUCCCACUUAAAAAGAUGAGAGAGGCCUGUAAUUUUCAUCAUAGGUACACGUCAACUAUGACAGACAAAUUGAGGAAAAAAAAUCCAGAAUAUCACAUUGUAGGAUUUUUAAUGAAUUUAUUUGCAAAUUAUGGUGGAAAAUAAGUAUUUGGUCAACUACAAACAAGCAAGAUUUCUGGCUCUCACAGACCUGUAACUUCUUCUUUAAGAGGCUCCUCUGUCCUCCACUCGUUACCUGUAUUAAUGGCACCUGUUUGAACUUGUUAUCAGUAUAAAAGACACCUGUCCACAACCUCAAACAGUCACACUCCAAACUCCACUAUGGCCAAGACCAAAGAGCUGUCAAAGGACACCAGAAACAAAAUUGUAGACCUGCACCAGGCUGGGAAGACUGAAUCUGCAAUAGGUAAGCAGCUUGGUUUGAAGAAAUCAACUGUGGGAGCAAUUAUUAGGAAAUGGAAGACAUACAAGAUCACUGAUAAUCUCCCUCGAUCUGGGGCUCCACGCAAGAACUCACCCCGUGGGGUCAAAAUGAUCACAAGAACGGUGAGCAAAAAUCCCAGAACCACACGGGGGGACCUAGUGAAUGACCUGCAGAGAGCUGGGACCAAAGUAACAAAGCCUACCAUCAGUAACACACUACGCCGCCAGGGACGUAGUGCCAGACGUUUCCCCCUGCUUAAGCCAGUACAUGUCCAGGCCCAUCUGAAGUUUGCUAGAGUGCAUUUGGAUGAUCCAGAAGAGGAUUGGGAGAAUGUCAUAUGGUCAGAUGAAACCAAAAUAUAACUUUUUGGUAAAAACUCAACUCGUCGUGUUUGGAGGACAAAGAAUGCUGAGUUGCAUCCAAAGAACACCAUACCUACUGUGAAGCAUGGGGGUGGAAACAUCAUGCUUUGGGGCUGUUUUUCUGCAAAGGGACCAGGACGACUGAUCCGUGUAAAGGAAAGAAUGAAUGGGGCCAUGUAUCGUGAGAUUUUGAGUGAAAACCUCCUUCCAUCAGCAAGGGCAUUGAAUAUGAAACGUGGCUGGGUCUUUCAGCAUGACAAUGAUCCCAAACACACCGCCCGGGCAACAAAGGAGUGGCUUCGUAAGAAGCAUUUCAAGGUCCUGGAGUGGCCUAGCCAGUCUCCAGAUCUCAACCCCAUAGAAAAUCUUUGGAGGGAGUUGAAAGUCCGUGUUGCCCAGCGACAGCCCCAAAACAUCACUGCUCUAGAGGAGAUCUUCAUGGAGGAAUGGGCCAAAAUACCAGCAACAGUGUGUGAAAACCUUGUGAAGACUUACAGAAAACGUUUGACCUGUGUCAUUGCCAACAAAGGGUAUAUAACAAAGUAUUGAGAAACUUUUGUUAUUGACCAAAUACUUAUUUUCCACCAUAAUUAGCAAAUAAAUUCAUUAAAAAUCCUACAAUGUGAUUUUCUGGAUAAUUUUUUCUCAUUCUGUCUGUCAUAGUUGACGUGUACCUAUGAUGAACAUUACAGGCCUCUCUCAUCUUUUUAAGUGGGAGAACUUGCACAAUUGGUGGCUGACUAAAUACUUUUUUUCCCCACUGUAUUUUGUGUUUCUUCCAUUUGCGAAUAAUCGCACCAACUGUUGUCACCUUCUCACCAAGCUGCUUGGCGAUGGUCUUGUAGCCCAUUCCAGCCUUGUAUAGGUCUACAAUAUUGUCCCUGACAUCCAUGGAGAGCUCUUUGAUCUUGGCCAUGGUGGAGAGUUUGGAAUCUGAUUUAUUGAUUGCUUCUGUGGACAGGUGUCUUUAUACAGGUAACAAGCUGAGAUUAAGAGAGUGCUCCUAAUCUCAGCUCGUUACCUGUAUAAAAGACACCUGUGAGCCAGAAAUCUUUCUAAUUGAGAGGGGGUCAAAUACUUAUUUCCCUCAUUAAAAUGCAAAUAAAUUCAUAACAUCUUUGACAUGCGUUUUUCAGGAUUUCUUUGUUGUUAUACUGUCUCUCACUGUUCAAAUAAACCUACCAUUAAAAUUAUAGACUGAUCAUUUCUUUAUCAGUGGGCAAACAUACAAAAUCAGCAGGGGAUCAAAUACUUUUUUCCCUCACUGUACACUGUGUACAAAACAUUAGGAACAUCUUCCUAAUAUUGAGUUGCACCCCCUUUUGUCCUCAGAACAGCCUCAAUUUGUCAGGGUAUGGACUUUACAAGGUGUCGAAGUAUUCCACAGGGACGCUGGCCUAUGUUGACUCCAAUGCUUCCCACAGCUGUCAAGUUGGCUGGAUGUCCUUUGGGUGGUGGACCAUUUUUGAUACACACGGGAAAACCCAGCAGCAUUGCAGUUCUUGACACACUCAAACCGGUGCGCCAGGCACCUACUACCAUACCCUGUUCAAAGGCACUUAAAUCUUAUUUCUUGCCCAUUCACCCUCUGAAUGGCACACAUACACAAUCCAUGUCUCAAGGCUUAAAAAUCCUUCUUUAACCUGUCUCCUCCCCUUCUACACUGAUUGAAGUGGAUUUAACAGGUGACAUCAAUAAGGGAUUAUAGAUUUCACCUGGAUUCACCUGGUCAGUCUGUCAUUGAAAGAGUGUUCCUAAUGUUUUGUACACUCAGUACAAAACCGUGAGUGUGCGUAGGGUCAGUGCAAGAUAGACAGUGCAUAUAGUUUGGGAACCAUUCAUUGACUAUUUUGCAGUCUAGCUAUUUAGCAGCCUUCCUCUGACACUGCCUGAUAUAGAGGUCCUGGAUGGCAUGGAGCUUGGCCCCAGUGAUGUACUGGGCUGUCCGCACCACCCUCUGUAGCGCUUUGCGGUCAAGGGUGGUGCAUUUGCCAAUCCAAGCGGUGAUGCAGCCAGUCAAGAUGCUCUCGAUAGUGCAGCUGUAUAACUUUUUGAGGAUCCGAGGGCCCAUGCCAAAUCUUUUCAACUUCCUGAGGGAGUAGAGGCGCUGCCGUGCCCUCUUCAUGACUAUGCGGGGGUGUGUGGACCAUGUUAAGUCCUUAGUGAUGUGGAAGCCAAGGAACUUGAAGCUCUCAACCCUCUCCACAACAGCCCCGUCGAUGUGGAUUGUGGCGUGCUCUCUCCUCUUUCUCCUAUAGUCCACAAUCAGCUCAUUGGUCUUACUGACGUUGAAGGAGAGGUUGUUGUCCUGGCACCACACUACCAAGUCUCUGACCUCCUCCCUGUAGGCUGUCUCAUCGCCGUCGGGAUCAGGCCUACCACCGUCAUGUCGUCAGCAAACUUGAUGAGGGUGUUGGAGUCGUGCGUGGCCACGCAGUCGUGGGUGAAGAGGGAGUACAGGAGGGGAUUAAUCACACACUCCUGAGGGGCCCCCGUGUUGAGGGUCAGCGUGGCGGAGUGUAUUUGCCUACCUUCACCACCUGGGGCCGGCCCGUCAGGAAGUCCAUAGUCCCCUCCAGUUGCAGAGAGAGGGGUUCAGUCCCAGGGUCCCUAGAUUGAUGAUGAUCUUGGAGAGGACUGUGGGUUGAACGUUGAGAUGUAGUCUAUGAACAGCAUUCUCACAUUGUUAUUUCCACUCUUGUCCAGGUGGGAGAGGGCAGUGUGAAGUGCAAUUAAGAUUGUGUCAUCUGUUAGGGCGGUAUGCGAAUUGGAGUGGGUCCAAUUCGCGACCGGGAGACUCAUGGGCGGUGCACAAUUGGCCCAGCGUCGUCCAGGGUAGGGGAGGGAAUGGCCGGCAGGGAUGUAGCUCAGUUGAUAGAGCAUGGCGUUUGCAACGCCAGGGUUGUGGGUAUGAUUCCCACGGGGGGCCAGUAUAAAAAAAUAUAUGUAUUCACUAACUGUAAGUCGCUCUGGAUAAGAGCGUCUGCUAAAUGACUAAAAUGUAAAUGUAAAUGUCCAGGGUUAUAGAAAAGAGCAGAAUCUCUGAGCCUAUCUGUUCAGACCCCAGUCCUACUUACUUACAGGUUAUGGAAAAUGUGCUCUUUUAGCAUUUCUCCAGUAGGUUUCCUCAAGGAGAAAGCCCACACUUCUAUGUCAAAGAUAAUAAAAUAAAAACACUAUAAUAAAUACAAUAGUAAUGUCCCCAAAAACACUACAGUAAAUACUACAGUCCACAAAAACAUUACAGCAAAUACUACAGUAUACUACAGUCCGCAAAAAUACUACAGUAUUUACUGUAGGAUACCAUUGUGUACUGUAGUAUUUACAGUUCAAUAUAGUGUAAAUACUGUAGUAAAAAACUGUAGUAUAUACUAUAAUAAUUACUGUUAAAAUUAAAAUAUUAAUGCAGACUGUAGUAUUUGCUGUAGUGUUUUUGCGGACUGUAGUAUUUACUGUAGUGUUUUUGCUGACUUUAGCCUGCAAAAACACUACAGUGAAUACUAUAGUGUUUAUACCAUAGUAUACUAUAGUAUUUUUUCAGGGGGUUAAGCCAGAACAGUUAUUUAACAUGGAUAGUAAAGGAUGUGUACGGUAAAGGUAACCCAGACUCGUUAUGUAACAUGGAUAGGGUUAAGUUCUGACAAACAGAGUGAAAAACUAAUGGACAACUAGUCAAAGCUCAAACCAAGUUUAUUCACCCAAUGGGUCAAACAGCUGCAAAGACAAAGAGAUGUUUACACAAGCACAUAUAUUUAUACCUUCCUCCUACGCUGAGUCUCCUCCUUGCACAUCUGGACAACCAAUACAUCUCUGUUGCUAGACAGGACUUUAGUGAUGCCUGUUCUUUCUCACUUCCUCUGACCUCACCUUGGCCCAAAUUCCUCACUCCUCCCCAACUCACGGCUGUCCCACCUUAUCUGUUGACUGGAACCAGACUGUGACCCUUCUCCUCUCCAUAGGAUACCUGAGAUUGAACAAUAACAUGUUCUGACAGAAUGUUAACUUUCUCACUCAGUAGAUUUCCAUACCCUCAGUUCUAAUAUGGUAACAUGAAUAAGGAUAUUUCAUAUUUGAAGAUUAGCAGUUAGUACCCAACAAUAGUAAAGGAUGUAUACAGUAAAGAUAACCAUAGACUAGUUAUGUACCAUGGCUAGUAAAGGAUGUGUACGGUAAAGGUAACCCAGACUAGUUAUGUAACAUGGAUGUGUACGGUAAAGCUAACCCAGACUAGUUAUGUAACAAGGACAGUAAAGGAUGUGUACGGUAAAGUUAACCCAGACUAGUUAUGUAACAUGGAUAGUAAAGGAUGUGUACGGUAAAGGUAACCCAGACUAGUUAUGUAACAUGGAUAGUAAAGGAUGUGUACGGUAAAGGUAACCCAGACUAGUUAUGUAACAUGGAUAGUAAAGGAUAUGUACGGUAAAGGUAACCCAGACUAUGAAAGACUGAUCGUUAGGUUUUUCUUUUCCCUCUCUCUCUUAGGCUCAGGCUGUGGGGAAUGAAGUUGUGAUGGAGUUCAUUCGCCGGGUCAGCCAGGACCAUGCUUAGGUAAGAGUUGGACUAUCAUCUAGCUUUGCUGUUCUCCUCUAUGCUCCUCCGACAGCAUACAGUGCAUCUGGAAAGUAUUCAGACCCUUUGACUUUUCUCACAUUUUGUUACGUUACAGCCUUAUUCUAAAAUGUAUUAAAUCGUUUUUUUCUCCUCAUCAAUCUACACACAAUACCCCAUAAUGACAAAGCAAAAACAGGUUUUAAAAGUGGAAAUAUCACAAUUACAUAAGUAUUCAGACCCUUUACUCAGUGUUUUGUUGAAGCACCUUUGGCAGCGAUUACAGCCUCGAGUCUGCUUGGGUAUGACGCUACAAGCUUGGCACACCUGUAUUUGGGGAGUUUCCCAUUCUUCUCCUAGAUCCUUUCAAGCUCUGUCAGGUUGGAUGGGGAGCGUCGCUGCACAGCUAUUUUCAGGUCUCUCCAGAGAUGUUUGAUCGGGUUCAAGUCCGGGCUCUGGCUGGGCCACUCAAGGACAUUCAGAGACUUGUCCCGAAGUCACUCCUGCGUUGUCUUUGGCUGUGUGCUUAGGGUUGUUGUCCUGUUGGAAGGUGAACCUUCACUCCAGUCGGAGGUCCUGAGCGCUCUGGAGCAGGUUUUCAUCAUGGAUCUCUCUGUACAUUGCUCAAUUAAUCUUUCCCUCGAUCCUGACUAGUCUCCCAGUCCCUGCCACUGAAAAACAUCCCCACAGCAUGAUGCUGCCACCACCAUGCUUCACCGUAGGGAUGGUGCCAGGUUUCCUCCAGAUGUGAUGCUUGGCAUUCAGGCCAAGGGGUUCAAUCUUGGUAUCAUCAGACCAGAGAAUCUUGUUUCUCAUGGUCUGAGAGUCCUUUAGGUGCCUUUUGGCAAACUAUAAGCAGGCUGUCAUGUGCCUUUUACUGAGGAGUGGCUUCCGUCUGGCCACUCUACCAUAAAGGCCUGAUUGGUGGAGUGCUUCAGAGAUGGUUGUCAUUCUGGAAGGUUCUCCCAUCUCCAAAGAGGAACUCUGGAGCUCUGUCAGAGUGACCAUCAGGUUCUUGGUCACCUCCCUGACCAAAGCCCUUCUCCCCCCAUUGCUCAGUUUGACCGGGCGGCCAGCUCUAGGAAGAGUCUUGGUGGUUCCAAACUCAUUCCAUUUAAGAAUGAUGGAGGCCACUGUGUUCUUGGGGACCUUCAAUGCUGCAGAAAUGUUUUGGUACCCUUUCCCAGAUCUGUGCCUCGACACAAUCCUGUCUCAGUGCUCUACGGACAAUUCCUUCGACCUCAAGGCUUGGUUUUUGUUCUGACAUGCACUGUCAACUGUUGGACCUUAUAUAGACAGGUGUGUGCCUUUCCAAAUCAUAUCCAAUCAAUUGAAUUUACCACAGAUGGACUCCAAUCAUGUUGUAGAAACAUCUCAAGGAUGAUCCCGAGUGGCGCAGUGGUCUAAGGCACUGCAUCGCAGUGCUAAACUGUGCCACUAGAGAUCCUGGUUCGAAUCCAGGCUCUGUCGUAGCCGGCCGCGACCGGGAGACCCAUGGGGCGGCGCGCACAAUUGGCCCAGCGUCGUCCAGGGUAGGGGAGGGAUUUGGCCGGCAGGGGAUGUAGCUCAGUUGGUAGAGCAUGGCGUUUGCAACGCUAGGGUUGUGGGUUCGAUAAAAUAAUAAUGUAUGCACUAACUGUAAGUCGCUCUGGAUAAGAGCGUCUGCUAAAUGACGUAAAUGUAAAUGUAAUGAUCAGUGGAAACAGGAUGCACCUGAGCUCAAUUUUGAGUCUCAUAGCAAAGGGUCUGAAUACUUAUGUAAAUAAGGUAUUUCUGUUUUUUAUUUUUAAUUCAUUUGCUCAAAUUUAUAAAAACCUGUUUUCGCUUUGUUAUUAUGGGGUAUUAUGUGUAGAUUGAGGGGAAAAAACAAUGUAAUACAUUGUAGAAUAAGGCUGUAAAAUAACAAAAUGUGGAAAAAGUCAACGGGUCUGAAUACUUUCCGAUUGCACUGUACAUCUCUGCCUCAAUUCAGAGAGCUUCUUUCCCCAACUUUGAAGCAUGCUCCAUACCACCUGAGCUCACUGAAAUCAAACGGAGUGAAGAAUAUUUUACUGUACCUUUUACUGUCUUCAACUUGUUACAAUUUCCCAUUCAUUUAAAAGCCUCCUUGUCACCACUUAUGUCUUGUGCUUUUUCCUCGCAUCAGUCAGAUGAAAGAAAUGAGGUAAUACAACUUUGAUAGUUUUACUUUUCAACAUGAGAAUGAGUGUCAUCUCAUCCCUGUAUUAACAGAUUUGACCGGAUUUUAUAGAUGUUUAUCAGAUUCGCAAUAGAUUUACUACAACUAAAACAUUACUACCAUCCAAACUUGUGAAUGAAUGGUCUUGUGGUGUGGCGUGAAGCACCCGUGGCAGCCUACAGAAUGUACUAUAUUAAAUUCAAUUUGGGCUAGAUUUAAAGUAAAACCAUGUAGGCUACAGAAUAGGGACAUGGUUUCAUUAAUCUUCACCAUGAGCUCCAAUUACAUGUUUUUUCCUUACUUCCAGCCUCUGUUUGAUGACAAUUAUGAGGUAAAUGUUGUGGUUUUGGGUUUUCCCCAUGUUGAUUAUGAGCUAAUGCUGAGGUAACACUGGAAUAGCCACGGCUAGUGCUUUGGGUUCUCCUGUGCUUGGUGGUCAUGCCUCACUCUUUGCUGUGACUCACCUGUGUCAGUCCUCUCAUUGUAUGGUGAUGUGUUGCAUCUCUGUGUGAUCUACAUGAGUAUCACUCGUUGUAGCCUGGCUUGAACAGGUGAUUAUACAAAAUGGCUGCCUGGGUGAGUUCGAUUAGACUGUGACACAAAUCCUUGCUGUGUGGUAGUCUGCCUGGCUUUUGUGAUUGUCUCUCUGUGAUGUCUGGUAUGAUGACCGCCUGGUGCCUGCAAACAUGUUCUCUGAGAUGCAGUAUGUGGAUUAGUAGCAGAGAUUGCAAAGCCAGCAUGCCUUUGAAGUUAUCGCUGCUGGUCUUUGUAUUGAACAGCACUGCUCCAAAUUCAACGUUUAACUGUUUUUCCUUCUGUGUUUCAGAAUGGUGAGUACAUUCAGUUCUCAACCUGUCCAAAGGGACCCUGAAGACAAAGAUCCUCAACACUUUUACCUUUCUCUUUAAUCUCUCCAUCCAUCCCAUCACUCUCUCUCUGACUUUCCAUUUCACUCUUACACUGGACAAUUGCACAAGCUUGCAGAUAAACAGAUAUUAUAUAUAGAUUAAUCCAAGCCAUUUACAGUUUAUAUAUUUGCAUCCGUCCCAAGUACAGUUAGAGAACUGUACGCUGUAAAACUACUAGUAGAACAACAUUAUGUCAAGUAAUAUGGAUGCACUGUGCCUAGAACGGGCAGCACUAUAUCUAUGUGCAUGUUUUGAAUGUACCACGGUAUACUAUGUUGUAUGUGGUAGCAAUUCACUCUGUUUGUAUUAGUAUAAUCAAUGUUCAUUGGAAGCACAGGGUACAAUGCUGUACCUUAUAGUAAGCACUUGAUAAGGCGCAUCUAAAGUGCCAUUUAUUCUAAUCAGAAAUCAAUGUGAAAUGAAUAACUGUUUGCCUAGAUGUUUAUUGUUCCAAUUAUGUAUCAUUCAUGCAGUCUAUAUUUUAGCUCCACCUCCUGAAAGGCUUGCCUGUUUUGCAUGUUAUUUUGUCAUUAAUACGUGUCACAUAUCAGU